GCAAGCAGUCAAAAAAAAAAAAAACACGUGAGCCGGUUAUGAAAGUUAUAUCACCCGGGCAAGAGCGUCGAUUACUUUGUUUAACAUAAGCAUUUUAUUCACUUCAACGAGACAAGGGUCUUCAAAGGCAAUUCAGAAAAGGGUAGUCAGACAUGUUUGGUUCAGUGGUGGUUGGCAUUGGGACGGCAGGCUUUGUGAGGAUCAGGGACAUCCUAGCCCCUCUGCCCUCCAGCGCAGCUGAGAAGCUCAGUGUCAAAGGUUUCAUAUCCAGGAGGAUUCUGGAGGAGCAGCAGGGAGUGAAACAAAUCACUGUUGAAGAUGCCCUGAGCCGGGACGACAUAAAGGUGGCUUUCGUCUGCACCGAAAACGCUGCCCAUGAGGAAAACAUCAGGAUGUUUCUGGAAGCUGGGAAGCAUGUCUGUGUGGAAUAUCCAAUGGCCAUGACACACAAGACUGCUGUGGAACUCUGGGACCUGGCUCAGGAAAAAGGAGUGGUCCUGCAUGAGGAGCACAUAGAACUCCUGACAGCCGACUUCAAGCAGCUGAAGAAGGACAUAGCAGGGAAAAGGCUGGAGGAGGGAUUCCUUCACUUCACAGGAGGUCCUCUGAAGCCGGGCUUUGGUUUUCCAGCUUUCAGUGGCAUCGCCCGGCUCACCUGGCUGGUCGAUCUGUUUGGAGAGCUGUCUGUCACCGCUGCCAGCAUGGAGGAAGACCAGCAGAACAAGUACAUGAAGAUGACCGCUCAACUCAUAACCAAAGAGCAGAAGCCUCUCACGUGGAUUGAGGAGUGGGCUCCCGGCCUGUCUAGGGCCAAAGACAUCAACUUCCGCUUUGACUCAUGCACCAUCACCCAGCUGCCCCCAGCCACCAGGGAGCCGGUGGGUAUCUUUAUGCAGGACUUGGUGCUCUUCAGUCAGAAGCUGCUGGGCCAGGUGCCCCGUGACCAGCUCCAUGCAGAGCGCCGCAGGAUCCUCCACUGUCUAGAGCUGGCCGACCGCAUCCAGCAGCUGAGCCUGCAGGGCUCAGCCCAGGACACCUAGAGACUAGCAGUCUACCGAGGGGCCCCAGCAGUCUACCGAGGGGCCCCAGCAGUCUACCGAGGGGCCCCAGCAGCCUACCGAGGGGCCCCAGCAGCCUACCAAGGGUUGUGAAAUUACAGUAACUUUCCCAAAAUUCCCAGGUUUUCCAGAAUUUUGCAACGCUUUCCCUACUGGUGGAUGUCCAAGCGUACAAGAUCCAUCCAUAAGCCAUCUACAGUAAAGCUACUGUAACAUGCUGUACUGUAGACAUACGCUCAGCGCAUCUUUGAAAUGUUAAGGUAUUUUAUGUGUUUCAGAGGCUGCAUUUACACAGCAGCCCAAUUCUGAUAUUUUUUCCACUAAUUGGUCUUUUGAUCUAGCCUGACGACUCAAGCUGAAUUCGUCCACUGCUCUAUAUACUUCAGUCUGAGACUGCCGUCAUUGAAGUCGUUUGUAGUGACGUCAAAAUGAGGUGUGUUGUACAAAACAAAGUAAUAAGCGAUUGGAUCAUCUCUAGCCAAUGACACAUUUUCAAAAUCCCACUUUACCCACGUGUGUUCUGGCUGGGGAGGUACUCCGAUCCUGACUCAUUGCGGAAAAGAAGCUAAUGUCCGUGUGUGUGGCAUACUGUAGAAUUUGACCUGAGCAAGGAGUUUGGGUAGCCAGGAAAUGUUUGACCAAUCACAUCAGAUCUUUUCACAUCAGAUCUUUUUCAGAAUUAGACUUUUUGGGGGUAUUUUUCACCCCUUAUUUCUCCCCAAUUGGUAGU